UUUGUAAAAAAAAAAAAAACAAGUCUAUAGCUCAGUAAUGGCGGCUCCGCAAAAUUCUCGCUCGGGAAAAAAGAAUAAAUGGUACUUCACACGCGAACAGAUCGAAAACAGUCCGUCUCGGAGAGCGGGACUCGACCCUGACAAAGAAUUAUCCUACAGACAACAGGCGGCUAAUCUGCUCCAGGACAUGGGGCAACGGCUCAAUGUAUCUCAGCUCACGAUUAACACUGCCAUAGUGUACAUGCAUCGCUUCUACAUGAUCCAGUCUUUCACUCGCUUUCACAGAAACGUGAUCGCCCCUGCUGCCCUUUUCUUGGCUGCGAAGGUUGAAGAGCAGCCUCGCAAGCUGGAGCAUGUUAUUAAGGUGGCCCAUGCCUGUCUCAAUCCACAGGAGACUCCUCUAGACUCUAGGAGUGAUACUUACCUGCAGCAAUCCCAAGACCUGGUCAUGCUCGAGAGCAUUAUACUUCAGACCCUCGCUUUUGACAUCACCAUUGAUCAUCCUCACACGCAUGUUGUCAAGUGUACACAGCUUGUACGAGAUGAAUGUGGAAUGCUGGCAUGUUUGAGUGGCGAUAUUUCAUUUGGGAUGUUCUUGAUUUCAGCAAGUAAGGACCUGGCCCAGACAUCAUAUUUUAUGGCAACCAACAGUCUGCACCUGACCACUUUCUGCCUGCAGUACAGUCCACCCGUAGUUGCGUGCGUGUGCAUUCAUUUGGCCUGCAAGUGGUCUAACUGGGAAAUACCCGUCUCUACAGACAGCAAGCACUGGUGGGAGUACGUUGACCGAAAAGUCACUCUCGAGCUGCUGGAUGAGCUCACGCAUGAGUUUCUUCAGAUUUUGGAGAAGACACCAAGCCGUUUAAAACGCAUUCGAAACUGGAAAGCAUCAGGUCAAACAGCAAAGAAGCCCAAAGAGGGUGACAAGACGGAGACUAUGAUGAGCAUGAUCUCUAUGGCAUCCUCUGAAAGCACACUGGCCGGUUUGAUGAGCCUCUCGGCUCCGCCUUCAGCCUCUUCCUCCCCCACCUCAACAUCAUCUACAGAGGACAAGCAGCCUGUUUUCAAAGUGCCUAACCCACCAGAACCACCUGCUCCCACGAGAGUGUCCCUGAGCGAGUACCGUGCGAAGCAUGCAGACGAACUCGCCGCACAGAAAAAGAAGCUGGAAAACAUGGAGGCCUCUGUAAAGCGCGAGUACGCCACGGCUGCCCAGGCCCUCAUGAACCAGCAACGAAAAGAGAAACACCACCACACCCACCACCAGCAGCAAGCUGGUUCGAGCUCUUCCGAGCCCAUCGUACUAAAGAUCCCACUAGAUGAGAGGCAGGACCGCGGCUCAAUCAAAAUGCGUCUGCCGAACAACAACAGAGGAGCCGAGCAGGACCUUAAAUUAAAGCUUCGCCUCCCAGACAAAAGAUCAGGGUCAGGGGAUGAUUGCAAGAGCAAAGACAAGCACAGAGAGCGGUCCAACCAUCACCACCACCACAAUCAUCACCAUCACCACUCCUCAGGGAGUGGCUCUACAUCCUCAUCUACACACAAACACUCCAGCUCUACGAGCGCUUCCACAAGUAGCAAAAAAGCAGACACGGCGAGAACGAGCUCAUCUUCCUCGUCCUCCCGAAAGCGAACUCACUCUUCUGAGCCCUCAUCCAGCGCUCACCCUUCGAAAGUCAGCAAGUUGUCCAGGAAUUCAUACCAGCUGCCCCCACUGCCUGCAGACAUCCUGCCCUCGCUUGCGCUUUCACACAAUCAGGGUUUCCCACACUCCAAAACUGACAAGGCUGACACCAACGGGCACAGCGGCAGCACUGGAGGUCAGUCCAACGAGUUCCAGGACACCUUUGACAUGCUGAGUUCGUUGCUGAGUGCCCAGGGGGUGCAGCCCGUCCAGCCCCAAAUAUUUAACUAUCACUCCCAGUACGGCGAUUACAGAUUCAGCGCAAGCUCAAAAGGAGCGAACCCGCAACCUCCCCCGCUUCCUUCAGAACCCCCUCCACGGCUUCCACCGCUGCCCGAAUGAACAGUCAUACUCUGUCUAUAAACCAUCACAGGCUUCCCAGAUCUCACCCUUCCAUCCUCUCCAUUUCCCCUCAUGUGCAUUAAGAUUUAUGAGAAAUUAACAUACCACUAUAUAAAUAUGCACAUUCUGCUUUAACCUGUUUAAAUCCACCCCAAUCAUAGAUUCUCUGUGUCUUUGUGCAUGGGUGGUACCACAGCACCCGAUUGUGUGGCAAUAAAGGCUAUAAAAUAUAAACUAUUAAAACCUAGCAAAAAAAAUGCAAAAAUAAAAUGU